ACUAAAUACAAAAUUAAAAUGUACAAUAACAGGUGAUACAGAAUCAUCCGUAACAAGAUCAGAUCGAAGUCGUUAUUUUCAUUGUGGAUGUCGACCACAUUCAAUCCUAGGUUGGACGGAACAUGAAAAUUUACGAGAUGAACGUGCUGAAGCAUUUCGAUCAUUAUUAUGGCCUGGUGUUUAUGAAUGGAGUUAUGUCAUGCGUGCUACAUGUGCUGGAACAUUUAUAAUACCACCAGCAAAAGCAGAAGAAAUGUAUUCUCCAGAAAAUUUUGGUCGAUCUGCGACAGAAAAGGCUAUUAUUAACUAG